UAGUGGGCGUGGCCAGGAGGAGCCGCUCCAAGAACCUGGCUGAAGGGACAGGGGAUCCCGCUGGACAGGGGAUCCCGCUAGACCCUGUUGGAUUUGGGAAGCCGCCUUGUCCGGAACUGGGCGAGGAAGACCCGGCUCGGGACCUGAAAACUCCCCGGAGCCGCAGUCGCCGCGGGGCGGCCUGGGAAAGUCAGCAGUGGGGGAACCGCAGCCUGGCGGCCCUGGAACCUCCCAGGGUUUGUUGACAUUCAUCUCUGUGACUGUGGACUUCUUGCAGGAGGCAUGGGACUGCCUAUAGCCUGCUCACAGGGCGUUUUGCAGUGAUCUUCUAUUGGGAAAAGUAUAGCAGCGUGGAUUCAGAGGGUCUCACAUUGUCAAUAAGUCCUGUUCACCUGGGAGCCAGAACAAAGAGCCCUGGUGUGAAGAGAGGAUCCAGAAUUCCAGUCUUUGUUUUCUGAGAGAGAGUCAGAAACAACAACAAGAAGAAUGAAUGCGUCUGUGGUAAACGCUCCCCAGGGUCUGUUAACAUUCAGGGAUGUGACAGUGGACCUCUCACAGGAGGAAUGGGAAUGUCUGGACUACGCUCAGAGAGCUUUGUACAUGGAUGUGAUGUUGGAGAAUUAUAACAAUCUACUCUUUGUGGAAAAGCAUCAUUUAUGUGAUAAAUGUGAGAAGGUCCUGCACCAAGGCACAAAGACUUUUGUCCAUGAUCAUGAAAAUAUUCAAGAGAAAUCUUACAAAUGUUUUGAGCUUGGCCAAGUGAUUCAUGAACCCUGCCAAUGUGCAUCUUAUGGUACAAGGAAUACUGCAGAAAAUUACAAGUACAGUUUUGGUAACCACAUUCCUGCCUGUGUUGAAACCACAAUCCUCAAUAGACACAAAAGUGGAGACGCUGGAGAUGAACUUUGCAAAUAUGAAGACUAUGUAAGUUGUUUAAAUUUGUGUUUCAUCAUUAGCCAAAAUCAGAGUACUCAGAAAAGAAAGAAAGAACAGAAAAAUACAAAGUAUGGUCCAUCUUUUCACUCUAAUAGAGAAAUUAUAUUGAAACAAACUGAUAAUGGGAAGAAACCACACCAUUGCAGGAAAUGUGGAAAAUUCUUCAAGACUUACUCAAGCCUCGUUAGCCAUCAGAGAGCCCAUACUAAAGAAAAAACCUAUAAAUGUACAAAAUGUAGUAAUUCUUUUUUGCAUUUUUCACAACUCAAUGUCCAUUACAAAACCCACUGUCUGGAAAAACCUUACAAAUGUUCAGAAUGUGGUAAGUGCUUCUGUCACACAUCAGACUUUGAAAGACAUUACAGGAUCCACAUUCGAGGGAAACCUUACAAAUGUAGUGAAUGUGACAAAUCAUUUUCCGCAAAACAAAAUCUUAGAAUUCAUCAGAGAAUCCACACAGGAGAGAAACCAUACAAAUGUAAUGAGUGUGGCAAAUCUUUUAGAAGUGACCCCAAUCUUAGGAAUCAUCUGAAAAGACAUAGAGGUGAGAAACCUUACAAAUGUAGCGAAUGUGAAAAAUCCUUUACCACAAAAGACAAUCUUAGAACUCAUCAGAGAAUCCACACAGGAGAGAAACCUUACAAAUGCAAUGAAUGUGAGAAAUCCUUUACCUCAAAAGACUAUCUUAGAAUUCAUCAGAGACUCCACACAGGAGAGAAACCUUACAAAUGUAGUGAAUGUGGCAAAUCUUUUAGAGGUAGCCCAAGUCUUAGAACACAUCUGAAAAGUCAUAUAGGUGCAAAACCUUACAGGUGUAGUGAAUGUGACAAAUUCUUUACCACAAAAAGCAGUCUUAGAACUCAUCAGAGACUCCACACAGGGGAGAAACCUUACAAAUGUAGUGAAUGUGGCAAAUCCUUUUCCAGUAGCUCAAAUCUUAAAACACAUCUGAAAAGUCAUUCAGAUGAGAAACCUUACCAAUGUAGUGAAUGUGACAAAUCGUUUUCAUAUGGCUCAAAUCUUAGAACACAUCUGAAAACUCAUACAGGUGAGAAACCUUUCAAAUGUAGUGAAUGUGACAAAUCCUUUACCACAAAAGACGGUCUUAGAACUCAUCAGAGAACCCACACUGGAGAGAAACCUUACAAAUGUAGUGAUUGCGACAAAUCUUUUGCCCAGAAGGUCCAGCUUAUGACUCACCAGAGAACUCAUACAGGAGAGAAACCUUAUAAAUGUAGUGAGUGUAACAAAUUCUUUACCAGGAAAGCCAAUCUUAGAGGUCAUCAGAGAAUACAUACAUUAGAGAAACUUUAGAAAUGUAGCGAAUGUGAGAAAUCCUUUACUGUUGGUUCAACUCUUAGAAUACAUUCCGGGAUAUUUGAUUACACUGUGAAGCCCGAGUUUUAAUAAUAUUAAUCUUGGAUCAGGGACUGAAACCGAGAACUAUUUAACAGGAAUUAGCAAUUGAAAGUAAGAUGCAGAGAUGAACAAUAAUGAAUAGAUGAGCAAUUUGGAAUUUCAGUCUUUUCAGUUGGAGAUGGUUGGGGAAACACUCUCUUGCUGAGUCUCUAGGCCUCUCUGAACCAGCAUGUUUGGUGUGGGAAGUCCUUCUGUACAUGUAUUGCUUUUAUUGGUUAAUGAAUGAAUAAAGUAUCUGUCUUGGGCCUGGCAGGACAGAAUAG